AGGUCCCACAAAAUUAAUAUUAGUAUGUUAACAUAUUAUUAGAAAAAUGAAACCCUAAAACCAGAAAAUCGAACAAGACAAACCAAAAACCCAAAUCUCACAAAAAAAAAAAAAAAAUUUCAUCGGUGACCCUGAAAACCCUCCACGAUUUACAGCACAUCCGCCACCAAAAAAGAUCUCCGCCGCCGUAAAUAAAUCCUGUAAAGUGAAGAUAUCUAGCUAGCUACAACAUGGUGUGGUGGGAUUGAUUCAUUGAUUACGGCCGGAAUAUACUUUUUUCUGUUAAAUAAAGAAACCCCAACAAAUUCACCUUUAUACAAAAAAAAGAACCCAUCAAAUUAAAUCUUUUUCUUCAGUUACAGAGCUGAUUGUUGAAGAAGAAGAAGAAGAAGAAGAAGAAAUAAAAAUGGAUAACCACUCGCUUCCGCCGCCGUUUCACACGAGGGACUUCAAUCUGCAGCACCAGUUCCACCACCACCACCAGACGCAGAACUCCGAGGACGAGCAGAGCGAGACCACCGGCCUCAACAUGGGCCAGCAUCACCAGAAGCGCCACCGCGGCGGCGGAGGCGAUAUCGAUUCCGCCGGUAAGGACGGCGGCGCCGAUGAAGGGGAGAUGUCCGGCGGCGGCGGAAGCAGACGGCCGAGGGGCCGGCCGUCGGGAUCGAAGAACAGGCCCAAGCCGCCGAUCAUAAUCAGCCGAGACAGCGCGAACGCGCUCCGAACCCACGUGAUGGAAAUCUCCGACGGGUGUGACGUCAUGGACAGCGUGGCGAGCUUCGCCCGGAGCCGGCAGCGCGGCGUCUGCAUCAUGAGCGGCAGCGGCAACGUCACCAACGUCACCCUCAGGCAGCCGGCCUCGCCGGGGGCGGUGGUCACUCUGCAGGGGAGGUUCGAGAUCCUGUCUCUCUCCGGAUCCUUCCUCCCGCCGCCCGCUCCUCCGGCGGCGACGGGGUUGACGAUAUACUUGGCCGGAGGCCAGGGCCAGGUGGUGGGCGGCGGCGUGGUGGGGCCGCUCGUCGCAUCCGGGCCUGUUAUCGUAAUGGCGGCUUCGUUCAGUAACGCCGCGUAUGAGAGGCUGCCGCUGGAGGAAGAUGAUCAGAAUGGUGUCCAGGGUCAGGGAAACUCUCUUGGAUCGCCGCCGCAGGGCGGCGGUGGACGGGCGGCGCCGCCGCCUUCGUUGCAGCAGCAGCAGCAGAUAUUAGCAGAUCCUUCCUUGUUUCAAGGGAUGCCGCCGAAUCUGUUGAACUCCAUUCAGAUGCCGAACGAUGAGUUUUGGGCUACCGGUAGGCCGCCAUUUUAGAGAGCUUCAUUUGUUAUGUACGAGGUAACUAUGCUACUCUUCUUCUUCCUUUUGUUUUUUUAAUUUUUUUUCUUUUUUCUUUUGUUGAUUUUAAUGAAAUUAUCAAGAAUCAGUUCUAGAGGUAAGUUUUUUUUUUUACUGUAUUUUAGAUUAAAUUGUGAUUUUUUUUCCCUUUUUUAAUUUAAGUAAAUUAUCGGGUUUCUGGUCAGUUUUAUUCUAGGAUUUUAUUCGGUUUCAUCGGUUCAAUGAUGACGAAGACCGAAUAUGUUGAUCA